AUGUUAAAAAUAAAUGCAAAUAAUUUUAAAUUUAUAAAAGUUUUAUUGAGGAGAAAGCACCUUGUUGUAUUUUUAAUUAAUUUAAUUAUAAUUUUAUAUGUUAAUAAAAAGACAACAAAAGACAUAUAUAAUUUUAAAAAUUAUUUAAAUCAAAUAUAUUAUUUGGAUAAAAAAAAUGAUAACAUCCCUAUUAUUAAAGUAGUUAAAAAAACAAAUGAAAGUAGAAAUAGAUUUAACUUAUAUUUAAUGAAUUAUAGAAAUGGUGCAAUAAAUUUUAUAAAGGAUAAUCAAAUUUUUGAGAUUUUAAAAAAAAAAGUAUAUAUAGAAAAAAAUAAAGUAUACAAUUUUAUGCUAUUUCUUAGGAUUAUAACUCAUAAUAUCCUCAUAAAGAAAAAUGAGAAUUUUGGAUUACAAAUAAUAUUAACUGAAAAUAAUUCAUUAAAAAGCUGUAUAAUUGAUAAAGAGACUUCAAAAAAAAAGCAAUUAAUUAAAAGCCGUAUAUUAUUAUCUUUAUCAAGAAGACGUAGAGGUAAUAAAGUAAGUAAGAGAAAUUCUUCUAAAAAAAAGAAAUCAAAAUCUCGUAGAAAAAGUAAAAAGAAAAAAAGAAAAAGAAAAGGUAAAUCAAAAAAGGCAAGAAAAAAAAAAAAAAAACGUGAAUCUCGAAGAAGGAAAAAAAGAAAGAAUAGAGAAAGAAAACGACAAAGACUCAGAAAUAAAGAAGAAGAUGAAGAUGAUGAUGAAGAAGAGGAAGGAGAAGAAGAAGAAGAAGAAAAUGAUUUACAAUUAAGAAAUAGUGAUGAAGAAAACGGAAGGAGAAACAUGAAAAGUGUAGAAAAGGUAAAUAUGAAAGAAUCAAAUAAUAGUCGUUCUAAGCAAGAUGAAGAUGAAGAUCGCCCUCCUAGAAAUAGAAUAAAAAAAAGUACUGCUAGAGAAACAGAUGAAGAGGAAAAUAAAAGAAGUAGAAAUAUAGGUAGAAGAGCGGGGGAUGAAAACGCAAAUAUAAAAAGUGCAAAAAGAAAAAGAAUGGCUGAUGAAGAUGAAAGUGAUGAACUAGAAAGUACAAACAGAAAACCUAAAAAACUCAGAAGGCAUCGAAGAAGAGAACAAACAGAAAAUGCAGAUGAUGAUGAUGAUGAACGAGAAAAUGUAAAUAAAGCUAUUGAUGAAUUAUCUUCAAAAAAAGAACUCCUUGAGAAAGCUGAAUCUAAUUUAACACAACUACUGAAAUCUAUUCAUAUGUUAGAAUUAUAA